AUGGCUUCAGGUGGAGCAGAGGAAGACGAUGGAGGAAUUCCACUGGACAUUGACAACGUGCACAUGCUCCUCCAAGUGGAGCAUGAGCAGAUUCAGAAACGAACAUUCACCAACUGGAUAAAUGCUCAGCUGGCUAAGAGAUGCCCUCCAUCAUUUGUGUCAGACCUCUUUUCUGACCUCAGAGAUGGAUCACAGCUGCUGGACCUGUUGGAGGUGAUGAGUAGCCAACCUAUGAAAAGACAAAGGGGCCGAGGAGUUUUCCCACAGAGGGCCAACAUUGAGACAGCACUGAACUUUCUCAAGAAAAAAUCUAUCAAAUUGGUGAACAUAAACAUCCCAGAUAUCAUAGAUGGACGACCCACCAUCAUCCUCGGACUCAUAUGGACCAUCAUCCUCCACUGUCAUAUUGAAGAGUUGGCCAGCACACUCUCCUACAGUUCUUGUCAUUCCUCCCUCGACUCUCUGGCCAGCCUGGACUCCUGGUCUGGCAGCCCAGUCCCAGCUAGUCCGACCCCUGCAGGCCGGACGUCGCCUCUCCACAGGCGCUUUCGACUAUCUGCCAAGAAGGCCCUGCUCAUGUGGGUCAGGGACCAAUGUCAAAAGGUUGGUUGUGCCAUCAGUGUGAAGAACUUUAAGUCGAGCUGGAGAAGUGGGGAGGCCUUCUUGGCCAUCCUGUGUUCCCUCAGACCACAGCUUGCUGAUCUCUCACUGGUGCAGUUCAGAAGCAACCAGGAGAACCUGGAAGAGGCGUUUCACCUCGCUGAGAGGGAGCUUCACAUCCCCCGUCUGCUGGAGCCCCAGGAUGUUGACGUUAAUGACCCUGAUGAGAAGUCCAUUAUGACUUAUGUGGCCCAGUUUCUACAGUACUCUAAUGACAUGCCAGCACCUGAUGAUCAUCUGCAGCUGUUUCCUCUGGUCCAGUCCUUUUCUCUCUCACCUGUGAACUUGCCCGCUCACGUCACUCCAGCAAUUGCUGUUUCACCGUUACGUCAGGUCUCUUCAAGUGAGCGAGCCCUAGAGGUGACUUCAUGGCUGCAGCAAGCCUACCAGGAACUGUUAGAGGCUCGGAUGGCUAAAGAGAAAUCAAGCUUUGCAGAUAAAUAUCAUGUGUUUCAGAACCUCGCAGGCUCCUUCACUGAGCAAAGAAGACCAGUGAUGACCCUUCUUGCUGCCAUAAGACGCUGCCCUGAGCUGAGCCUAGAGCAAUCUGCUCUCAGGACAGCAUGGGAUCAUCUGGAAAAGGAGCUGCAAAAAUGUAAAGAAGACCUCGACUCAAGCCUUCCUUCUCCUCUGGACUCAGUCGUUGUGUGGCUGCAGCGUGCAGAGGCAUCGCUAACAGAAGAGGGAGGAAAAGUGAAAGAUCAUGCAGAUGCUGCUAAAGAAGCAAGAGCUCAACAAGACACACAAAAGACUCUGAUUAAGGAGAUGAACCACUUCGUCAAUAUCCUUGAUACCUUCCACAACAUGGAUGACUUAGGAAACGUAGUCGUGCCCCUUGAAAAGUUUGAAGAGAUAAAAAGACGCCUAACUAAUAUCCGAGUCACAGCCAAGUAUCAAGGGAUCAAGUUGGAAUACAAGGAAUCCCGUCACACAGUACUGGAUCUCUUGGGCCGCAUCAGUGCUAAGGUUCAGACCUGGAAAGCUCCCUACAGAUCCCAGGAGACACUGCUUCUGCUUCUGCAGGACUGGCAUGAAACGGUGGAGCGCCAUGGCCUGCUUUUAAUUCUGAUGGACGCUCUCCAAAACCUGAAGGAGAAGGCGAAUACUUACACCAGUAAGGCAGCACUAGGUGAAGAUUCCCAGCUCGUUUCUCGUCAGGUGAAGAAAGCAGAAAGUGAAGCUGAGCUGGUAACACAGGCUGUGACGGCUGUGAGAGGGAUGAUGGAGAGAACGGUGUCUGCUUGGGAAACUUACAACAAGUGCCUUACUUCUCUACAGACAUGGCUGGCACAGAAGACACUUUCACCCGCCCAGUCUGCGGAGACACAGGACAUGAGUGAAUGGACGUCAUGUCAGGCCAAGUUAAACGAGGCGGGGAACGUGCUCAUUGAAGUGACAGAAUCUUCAACCAGCCUCGCUCUGGCCGAGCAACUCAGCAAGGUCAACAUGAAGUGGGCUGAAUGCAUGAAGAGGACAAAGUUUGAAGUAUCAUCGGAGCCCAGUGUUGGUCCCGUGGGUCUUCAAAUGGUGCAUUCACUGACCCAGGAGGCCAGCAGGCUACUGAGACAGCCUCUGGAGGUAGCCUCAGUCCCACUAAAGGCUAACAGGCAGAAACUACAGCUACUGAGUAAAAAGAUGUCCGAGAUGGAUCUCUCAUCUCUCAGUCCGUCCACAUAUUCUCAAGCAAGCAACACAGACAACCUCCAGCAAAACCUCCCACAGAUGCUCGAUGACGCAGAGAGGACCUGUGGAGAGCUGCAGCGGGCUGCGUCCAGGCUGGAGGGCCGUCUGGCUGAGCUGGACCACUGGAGCACCGAGGCUCUGGACUGUUACCAGCACCUCAGGGAGAAUAGGAACAGAGGACGCUCUGCAUUAGAACCUGCUGCCAAGGUGCUGAUCUCUCGAGGCGUGCAGCUGGAGAACCAUGUUUUAACUGAGGGACAGGAUCUGCGAGACCUUGUGGCUCGAAUACUGAAAACCUCUACUCUUCAGCACCUCAGUACCUCUGAAACGCAGGACAGGAUCUCAGAGGCAGUCUCCCACUGCCAGGAGAUUUUUGAAAUGUUUCGUUCCCUUGGGAUUCUGCAACAUUUCAAAACAGCCCAUCAGACUCAGGAAGGGUCAUUUGUUGUGGCCAAAACCAAACAUGUAGACCAGAUUGGGAAUGUUAUGCUAACCCAGGACCCAAAUCUGGUUUCACCUGAGAUUUCAUCUGAGACGUCUCAACAAAGGAUAAGAGCUCUUCAUGGUUGGCCUAAAAACCAGCAGGUGAACACGCAGCAUGAAUCAACCAUUGUUAAUCCCCAUGUUGAAAUCCAAAUGCUGCCCCGGCCGAUGAGGGAACCAAUACCUCUUGUUCACUCUCCUCUUGAUCAAACCGUAAAAGAAGCUGAACCUGAUCCAAUGAUCCAGCUUCAAUCCCUUUCCAAGUGCCACGCUCAAGCCUUAAGUGGGAUUCCAUACAAUCAACUUCUACCUGCUUUGAUCCAAACUCCUGUUCGACCAAAGUGUCAAAAAAGUCCAGUUCUGUCUAAACAUGUGACAAGUCCAGUCCCAGAGGAAGAGGAAAGCUCAUCUCCCUCACAAACUCGUAUGUCGAAAUCUAGAAUAAGAGGGCAGCCAAACACUGUACAGAGUGCCAAAACAUCUCCACAGCCACCGGUUAUGGUCCGCAGUGAAGUUCAUUCUAAAGCCCAGUCAAUGGCAAGGAGCAGACUGGAGAAGGCCAGGUUUCAUCUGCAGGGACGCAUCCAGCAAGCCAUCAAGUUAUUCGGGGGCAAAGAGAUUUCAGAGUCACAGGCCAAGAGGAAACAGAAAGCUUUAAAGAUUCUGCAGCCUGCCAUCCUCGAUGAGUUCCUGGGAGCUGUUGAGGGUUUUGGGGCCUUUUGUUCUGGGCCCCAACUCCAGGACUUGAUGCUCCUCUCUGACUCAGUCAGAAAGCAGUGGGAGGAUGUACGCAGAGAAAUGGCUGCUUUUGUUCCCAUCUUGUGGUCUAAGAUCAGAGAGGGAAAUAAUUCGUCUUCUGUUGUGCAAUGUGAAACGCAAACUAACGCUCUGCACGAAGCCAAUGACCAGACUGACAAUGUCUCAAUGCUACAGCAACAGGCCAUCAUGGACGGAGCUGCAUCUGUUGAGGUUGAAUCACUCCAAGAGCUGUGUGAAACACUAACACCAGGGCAAUCCUCCUGCCUAGCAACAGAUCAACUAAAGGAGUCAGAUGAAGAUCAAGAAACGCAACCCAGUGACACAGUGCUCCCAUCUUAUUGGGGACUGCAGCUCCGGGGAAACGCCCCGCUGAGAGCGACUGGCGUGUCGGCCGACACACAGCAGCGCAACAAUCUCCCACAGAAACAAAGCGUGGACAGACCACAACAAGACCUCUCACCUGUGUGUGGUGCUGCGUCAGUGCAUCCUUGUGUUGAUGUCAUCCAUCUAAAAUCUCAGGAUGUCCCAACAGAGAGGGAGGAUGACCAAACACAAAAAAGAGGCUGCGGUUCGGAGAAAACAAUAAAGCCCUCGCUUCUGGCCAAAGAGCAGCUGCUGAAAGCUCGUCUACUGAACAUCACAGAGAACAACCAGCAAACCCAAGCUCACAUACAGGUGGUUGUCAGGGGUAACACUGUGGAGGUCAAGCAGGAGGCAGAGUUGACCGUCAUCCCAGGGACAGCCGCCCCCCCACAGGAAGAGCACUCAUCCCAACAGGAAGUACUGGAAAGGUACAGAAAGUCCUGCUUGGUAUUUCAGUUUCAACUGCAGAAGAACAAGCAACAUUUGGAGGAGUUUAUUUCAGACCCUGUCACCAUCUCCACUCUGCAGAACCAAAAGAAGCAACUACAGACUCUGAAACAAGAGACAGAGGCACUAUGGUUUGAUUUUGAGCUCCAGUAUGCCCAGCAAUCCCAGUUCUCCCAUCUGAUGACCACGGAGGAUAAGUAUGACGUUGAAAGAGACUGGGAGCAGCUGACUCAGCAGUGGAGAGGACAACAAAUGUGCCUCCAGAGGAUGACAUCUCUGGAGAAUACUGCUGACUUGAUGGCACUGAUCACAGAAAAACUGGACCGGAUCAUCAGAAAGUCUAUGGACAUCUCCUCCUUCACCUUGGCUGAUCCCAGACUGGUAUCUGAUUUAAAGGAGAUGGAUGGCAGACUGCAGUCUGAAGUGAGAAAGUUAUCAGAGCGAGGCACUGAAGGGGAAAGACAGCGGCCUGAAGCCACAUCCCUUUCAUCCCUCUGCCAGGCUUUCCACAACAGUGUCCAUCAUCUUGAACGGCUCAGACAGCAAUUGGAGAAAGUUCAAUCAGCUGCCCAGGCUCUGGAUCACUUCCUGGCCACAGUGAGGGAAAUCAAGGCUGAGAUCCCAACCCUGCUGGCAAACCAGGACCCCAGCAGACAGCUAAAUGAGGCAGAUUGGGAGCAAGAGACACACUCUUGGCAGGCAGCAAUGCAGCAGCGGUUGCAGACUGCCACAAAACAAUCUGAUAGUGUUGACAGCACUUUAAAGGCCGUGGGGAUGACUCUGACCAUGGAUGGUGCAACAGUGACGUGCCAGGAUGUGGUGACAUCAUUGUCACAACAAGCUGUGAACGUAGAGAAGGAAGUGAUGAGAGCCAAGAAGAGGGAGAGUAAAGAAGAGCUAUUUCCAGAGGGAAGGGAGCAAAUCCAGGAGUUGAAUCCUGUGGAGAUACGUCAGACAAACACUGGGGAGGCUUCAACACAUCAGGGGGCAGCACAGGAGCAUGAGUAUCACACUCCAAGUAGAAUGGAAGAGGAGGCAGGGUUGGCGGCCAAAAAGAGUAGGCUGGAAGGAGAUGAUGAUAUAAAGUCACAAAGGGAGGAAAAGCACAAGGCUCAAACACGGAAGUCUGAAGGGGAUGCUUCAAAAGCUGAGGACCAGAGAAGGAGUAGAAGAAGCAGCCAGGUUAAGAAAGACGGAGAAGAGAAGAAGGAGAGUUUUGUCCAGAGGAGAGUUGCCUUGUUAGGCACUCUGAAGGAGAUAAGGGGAGCAGCUGAGCAGCUGAGGCUACAGGAGCCCUCUCUGCCUGCUCUGCAGCACAGGACACGUGCAUUGACAGAGCUGGAAAGUUGUCUUGCUGGCCACCUCGCUGAGCUGCAGCACAUACAAGAUGAAUCCUCACUAUCAGGAAUCCCUGAUGUGAGUCAAACCAGAGAGGUGGAGGAUGUCUGGAAGGAGGCGAAAAAAGCUGUCACUGAACGGCUGGAGCAGUGUUGCGCCCUAACAAAGCUGUUGAAGAGGUUUCAGAGCAUUCGUGGUGAGUUGAGUGGGACACUGCAGAGGGCAGAAAGCACCCUAAGUGAACAGGCCUCCUACAUGGGGAAAGACAACCUGCAGGGACUGCACACAAAGGUCCAGGAAACCAAAAUAGAGCUGAAUGGUCUUGGUAAUGGCAUAGAGGAGGUCCGCAGUGUCUGCAGGCAGCUUCACACUCAUUUGCGUCGGAUCCCAGAAUGCACCAUCAUCCCAUUUGAGGACGAAGCGGAUGCUCUCAUGGACCGCUGGCUGGAUAUAUCCGAAAGAACAGAUUCCCACCAAGAAAACCUACACCUUGGCCUGACUCUGUGGGAUGGUGUCCUCCAGCUGGGAGUAGAGGUGGAGAGCUGGACCGCCAAUAAACUAACAGUAUUCGCUCAGUGUCCGUCCUUCGAGACAGAGGAAGACAUCAGGGCCUUGCAGGCUGAGAUUGUGACCCAAGAAGAGAAUAUGGAUUGUUUCCAUCGAAGAGUCACUGAGAUUCAGGCCCUGCUUCAAAGCAAAGAGCCCCCUCUGGAGCUGCAGGUUGUGGAAACCCAGAUAAUGAAGAAGAUGAAGCAGUUGAAGGAGCUUGUCUCUGAAGCUGAAGACAUUUACAGGCAGAUGGUGGCUGCUAAAGGACAAAUUACUGGCAGGAUGGCUGAAUGCUUCAACUCCCUACAGAAGAUUCAAGACUCCCUUCUCACUCUCAGUGCUUCAGAUAUUGCAACAGUUCUUGCAAAACUCAAGGAUCUACUUUUUGAGCUCCAGACGCAGGAUGAGCAGGCAGAGAGUCUGCUGGAUGAUCUGCGUGUUAUGGCGUCCAUAGCGAGUCCAGUCAGCCUACAGAGUUUGUCUGUGGAUGGGAUUCAGCUGCAGGAGAAAGUCAGAAACACCCACCAGCUCUUCACUGAGGUGGAAGAACAGACUGAGAGGAAUAUCCAGGCUCUGGACAGGCUGCAAAGGGAAGGGGAGCACUUUCGACAAUGGUUGGAAGACGUUGAGGGAAAAGCAGCGGAGGAGGAUGACCUUAGUCUCCUGCAAGAGGAAACACUUCAACAAAGGUUAAGAACAGAAGCCCUGGAUCAGCUUGUGUCAUCCUUACAAAGCAGCACACUUAAGCAGUCUGCUCUGCUGGAGGAGAGCAGCAAACUGUUGGAACGAUACCACAACUUUCAAACCUACGUACUUCGUGGGUCCACGGAGAAGCAGAGUUCUCUGAGCAGGGACAUUGAGGUGUUUCAGACCCUUUUAAAGUCCACUCAAUCCUGGGUUGAAAAUCUGAGACGAACUCUUGACUCUCCACUUGGGGAAAACCUCGGCACAAAGAAUCCAGUAGAGCAGAGGCUCCACCUUGCCAAAGCUGUAGUAAGUGUGACGGCAGAGGGUGAGGCUCGCCUCGAAGAGCUCACAGCUGCUGGAAAUCAUCUGAGCCACAGACUGUGUGAUGGAGAUAGCCUGAAACAAGACAUUCAGGAAAGCAUUCAGAAAACAGAGGAGCAGUGGAGGGACCUUCUCCAGUCAGUCCAGUCUCAUCACAGGGUUCUACAAGCUGAUCCAGACCUAACCUCCUCCUACCUGGACCAAAGACAGCAGGCCAGCUGCAGAGUGGAGGAGCUGCAGCAGAGAACUGCUCAGCUCCCUACUUCAUUUCUCUGGCCCAGCAUGGCUGAACAGAGGAGAGAGAUGGCUGAAAGAACCAGCGACGCCAUCUGGAAAGAUCCAUCCUUGGCUGAUCUGGAGACCUGCUGGUUAUCACUGGUGGAUGAGCUGAAGGGUGUGUGUUCCCGCAUGGAGGAAGAUGUAUGUAACGAGGAACAUUUUGGCCAGUCACUGCAGGACUGCCGCCAUAAAUUGACAUCCCUGCAGGAAAGGAUGUCAACCUGUCAAGCCCAAAAAGAAAGCUCAGCUGGACUGAUCACUGAUGCACCAGCUCUGGAGGCUUUGCUACAAGAAAUUACCCACAUAGAAAAAGAGCUUUCACAAAUUGUAUCACUGAAGGAGUCCAUCACAGCCAGUUCCACAGCUGAGGCCCAGGCCAACCUCUCCCAGCAAGUCGGCAACUUCCAAAACCACAGGAGGGCACUAGACAGUAGCAUCAGAGGGAUUCUGGCACUGCUCACAAAAAACAACAGCCAGAGAGUUCAACGAGUGAAGGGAGAGGUCACCUGUCUACAAAUGGCUCUGAAAGACGUGGCUGAAAAUCUGUGUGGGAACUCUGAAGAGUUGCCUGAUAUCAGCCAGCUCAAACAGCAGUGGUAUACAAUACAGGACUGUGAUACCAGGCUGGCAGAGUUGGCUGCAAGAGUUUACGACCUGCAGAAGACUGGAGAGUCCAGCAGCACACAAGAAAUUCUUCCUGCAGAAGUCACUUUGACUGUUGAUGCAGUUGCUAAAGACCUUGACAGCCUCACGUCAAUCUUUCUAAAAAAGAAGCAGGCCUGUGCAGAAAACACAGCUAACAGAGUGAGACAGGUCAUCAACCAGCUGCAGCAUUGGAGACAAACAAUACAAGCUGAACUAUCAUCACCCAGCCAGGCAGCUCUUGAAGAGGGUUUGUGUCUUCAACAAGGUCUUCAUGAAGUGCUCACUGAACAAGACUUUCUUCUUAACUGUCUGGGAACAAAACUAACAAAGGAACUGGAGACAAGUGCUUCAGAUGCUCUAAAUGAAAGCACAACUGUACUUGAAACCUUAUCUAAAUGCCCGGUUUCACAAAUCAAUCGAUAUCAUGGUGAAGUGGAGUUGGACAAAGAAUUUCGGCAAGAGAAUACUGAACCAUUGCAGGAAGACACUGCCUCAACACAGGACUCACAACUGUCACUUAAAUGCACAGACAAUAUCAAAGAUAUCAAUUCAGCACACCAUGUCACACCUCUGGUUAGAUCCCAAGCAACAAAGCCUGACAAUUUCCCCUUUUCUAGCACUGAAAUUGUGUCUCAACAUCUAGCAGCAAAAUCAGAGACAUUUAAAACAGCUCCUGAUGCUCAAGAAAUGGAGAAAUACUAUGAGGACAUCGGUGUAAGGUCACAUAAAGUGUUCACAAUAGUGUUGGAUGUGGAGACGCCCGAGUACUGGCUACAGGACAAUGUUGUAGCCAGCAGUCCAGAUGUAUUCAGAUGUUCACAGGGGGCAAAAAUUUGCGAUGCACAGCUCACAGAAUUUUCAAGUGUUCCUGAGAAGAAAUCUGGAGAAUUUACAACAUUAUCGAGUUCUGAAUCAGAUGAAACAGACAGAAAAACCCAUUAUACAGAGAGCCGUGCAUUAAAUGAGUCUCAAGUGGUGAACUCACUGCCAGGAAACCCCUUGGCAUUAUCACCUACCGAAUUGGAGGAGAUAAAUACCACAAGUGCCAAGUUAUUGUGCAAAGAAAAGUCAGAAAGCCACGAAUUAAUGCAUAAUAGGGAGUUGAAAUCCUCAAAAUCAUGUGGCCCUGUUGCUGAAUGUCAACUCAAUGAUGCACAUGCAGCAAAAACAACAUUUGCGGAUGUCAAAGAGGAGACGACAGAUUUCUGUCACGCUGCAGAGCAAACAAUGAGCUCAGUCUUGUGCACUGUGGAGGUAGAUGCCUCAACUGCAACACAAAUACCUGCUGGUGACAAUAAACAGUUGGCUGUUGCUGACACUGCACAGAGGGCAGAGGGAGAAAACACAGGUGAAGGCAGUGAACCUGCAAGCCUGGAGUCCAAACUUUCCAAAGUGCCAAAAAGACGAGUCAAAGCUAUGCUGCCAUUUGAAGGAAGUGAAUGGAAGGUGCCUGCAUCGCUGGAGGACACAGAGGUGAAAAAGAGACAGCAUCAGACCCAAGAAAGCAUGGAGCCUGACAGGACAGCUCCGGGCUCGGCACCUGAUCUGCCGGCUGGGGAGGCGACAGGUGGAUCAACGGAGUACUACAAUAAUAAAUCCACCAUGCAGGAUGUUUUGUCUGAGAUCCAGAGCUUGGUGGAAAGCAGUAACAUAAUAAAUCGGACACCACACAUUGAUUUGAAUUGGUACCUGAAGUCCACUCCUGGUGAACCACAGAUUCGAUUAGUACGAACCAUUCAAAAAGUUCUGGCAUGUCGUUAUCAACCAGCACAACUGGAUGUCACUGCAAUGGCCAAACAACUGCAGGAGGCAGAGGACUACAGGCGCUGUGUGCAGGAGCAAGUGGCUACUAUGAAAAGCAUUAGUGGUGCCAGGAUUUGUGACCACGAUGCCAUGAAAAGAGUCGAAGGACAGUUGAGUGCUGCACUGCUGGAUGCCUCUGCCACAGUCCAGGUAAAAGCAGCACAGCUGGAUCAGGUCAGAGGGUAUCACAAACAGAUGAAGAUCACCAGAGCUUUCCUGGAGGUUGUAGCAGCCGAGAAGGACAAAAUGAGCCUAAGUGCUUUGGGAAGCAGUGCUCUUCAAGCUGACAAACUCCACGCCCUGCUGCACACCAUGGUACAUAAAAAAAACAUGAUGGAAGAGCUCCUCCACUUAAGUAGCCAAUUCUCGGUCCACUUGAGCGACGCUGAGAGUUCAGGUGCUCUUCUUGCCCAGCUCGGAGACGUCCAGGAGGAAUGGAGGCUUUUAGAAGGAGGCAUCAAAAGAGCUCUGCAACACGCCUCAAUGUCCACCUCUCAAUCAUCUCUUCUAAUAAGAGAGGCCGAACAGCUUAAAGCCAAACUUGACGCACUUCGGCAAACCAACUUUCAAAGCCAUGACAGUAAAAGGGCUUUAGAAUUUGUUUGCCUGACCACAGACCUAAAAUUGUAUAACCAGCUUUAUCUGUACUUACAGUCCCAGACAGAUGCUCUUGUCCAUUUCUCUCUGGGUAAGAAAGAAAAGGAUGAGCUCAAUCGAAGUCUUAAGGAACUUGGGUCGUUGCUAAAUCUCACCAAGAGCAAGCUUGACACUUCCACAUACAGCUGUGGUGGCAUUUAUUCAGCUAAGAUCAACAAGCAAUUACAAGAACUGAUCAUAUGGGCCAAGCACGCAGAAAUCCACAUCUCUCUUGUCAAAAAGUCAGCCCUUUUCCCAGAGGAUGCUCGAAUUCAGAUUGUUGAGAUGAAGAAAUUUCAGACAGAUAUUUGGUUUAAGAGAUCCACGAUGCAAGUAGAAGUUGAGCAGAUGAAAGCUGGAGUCCCUGAUAUGGAAAAGGAGGAAAGUGACCAAGUAUUGAAGACAAUAGAAGACCUGUAUGAAGCCAUUGCCGACAGCUUGGAUCAUGUUCUUGACACCAUGAAGAAAAAUCUGCAGGAGAGGGAGAAACUGUUUUGCCAGCUUGCUAGCAUUGACGCUUGGCUAGCAGAAACCCAUGCUGAAAGAGACCCCUGCACUCAUGUUGACAAUGUAUCAAUAGCUGACAUCAGAAAGCUGGAGAGCGAGCUUAAAAGUCACAAAUUAGCCGCAGUCAAGAUAGAGAGUCAACUAAAACAUGUGGAAGCAAUGGCUGACAGUUGCUGGGGAAUAGCUGUAAGUUCCAGUCCAGGAGAGAGUCGCUACCUUGUCAACAGACUGUCAGGUCUUUGGACAGAAUUAGACGGGUUGCUAGCUCAUGAGAAAGCAUCCAGCUGGGAACUGGAAGAGCUGAUUCAUGAGCGAACCACUUCCGAUGAGGAGUUAUCGACCAUCCGUGCUAGCUUAAAGCAAAUUUCCACUGAUUUGGCCCAACAAAGGUUCCCUUUAAAUCAGGAAACCCUGUCCACAAUUACACAUUUGAAGCACAUGCUAAUGGAACAUCAGUGUCAAGUACAAGGGCUUAAGCACAUCCAGGAGACAAGGCGAAGAUCUCUGCUGUGCACUAUUGGGGAACUGCAAGACCGGUGCAAAGCACUUAGUAAUAAUGCCAUUGAGCAAGACAAAUAUCUGCACCUGAGGAGACAAAUGGAGAAAUCUAGCGGCAUUCUUAAAGAGCAAAUCCAGCGUUCCAAAGAUAAAACAAUCCGCAUGGGUGAGAGGCUCGUGCUAUGCCAAUCACUCUUGGUUGAACUUCCUUUGGUGAAGACACAGUGUCAAGAAGUGGCAGACCAGUUGGAGGCCAUAGCUCAGGAGUUGGAACCAUCUGAGCUAAACCUGGAGAAGCUGAGGAUUCACCGCACUGUGGAAACUUUAGUCUCCUGGGAGCAUUCUGUGACAGAUGAUAUCCAAAGCCUAGAGGCCAAGCUUCUACUAGGCCUGAAUUUUUCCUCCGAGCUUCUUGCCUUAACAGAGCUUAUCCAAAGAACAAGAGUGCAGCUGGAGGAAGUGGAACCAGUUAAUCCCGAUGAAAAAGCCAUAGAUAUCGCUCUCACAAGGAAUUGGAUUAUUUUCAGACAUAUGGAGUCUGGGAUGCGGGUGUUGGAAGGUCUGGGACGGAAAGAAAACAUUAACCUGAAGAACUACAAGGAACUGUGCACUCUCAGGGAUGCAACCAUGCACGAGUGCCAUUUACGAAUGGAGAGUUUAUGCCAGGCGAGAGAAUCCUUGAAAGACUACCAGUGGGCUGCUCAGGGAGCAAUAGGCUUCCUACAUAAUGCUGAAGCCACCUUCUUAUCAGCUCCUGGAGGGUUUUUGGACUGUACUGAAGAACAAAAGCAGACUCAGCAGGCUCUUGAAGCUCUUGAAGAUGGAUUUCAGGCUCACAUCUGCCACCUUGUGGAUUUGGUGCCCCAACAAACCUGCCUGUCCCGCCAGAAGACUGGGCAGCUGCACAUCAGCAUAUUCAGUCAGUUGUUGGUGGGAAGAGCCAUACUGGAGGCCCAGGCCCAGCUCAGGCUGGAGUCCCUGCAGAGGUGUGAAGUGCGACAACAGAGCCACAGGAAGUGCCAUGAAGACAUACGUCAUCGUCUUUUGGGGCUUGAAGCCACGCUUUCAGAAUGUGCGACAGAACAAGUGACCUCGUUUGACAAAUGUACUGCCCAACAAAAAGGAGCUAAGCUCCUGAUGGAAGGUCUUCGCAGCCUCGCAGGUAAGCUAGAAGAACUGAGAGCUGGAUGUCCAGUGCAGGGCUGUGGGGUUGGGAAGGAUGGGGAGCUGGGUGCCCUCUGGAGGCGCUGGGUAUCAUUACGCCGUGGUGUCGGCCUCCUGAUGGCACACACAGAACAGAGAGCAGAGGAAUGGAAGGACAUCACUACAAGUAUGGAACAGUGUUGCAGCUUGCUGGCCAGUCUUCAGUCUGAGGUUCCUGACUCCUCCACUGUGAGCUUCACUCAAGAGGAACCCCUGGAGCUUCUGGCUCAGGCUGAGAUGCACCAGGCCGGACUGGAGCAGGAGCAGCAGGUCUUAGCCUCCCUGGAGCAUCGUCUGGAGCACGCCCUCAGCUUAUCUAGUUCCCAGGAGCCCAUCAGCCCUGGACCUGUUGGCAAAACACUAGUGAAGAUCCAAGAGAAUGUCAGGAGCUUGAAAGAGAGAAACCUGCUGGUGGUAACUGCAGCUCAGGCAGAGGACAAAGAGAGACAGCAAGUCCAACUGGAGAUAGAGGAGUUGGAGCGACACAUGUUCUCCCUUCUUCCCUCACUGGAAGCCUGUUCAAAUCCAUGCAAACAACAGGAGCUCAAAAAGGAUUUGUCCUCCAAGAAAGCCAAACUCAAGUGUAUCAUGGAUGCCGUGCAGAGCUGGUAUGCUGUGACACCAGCUGGUAUCAGCAGACGGUUACAAGAAGUUCAGCUGUCUCUACAAAGAGUAGAGGAGAAGCUCCUGGAGAAGAGCAACCCAGUUUGGAAGCUAGCAAGUCAAGUGGCAGAGUUGGGUUCUGGCCUGGAGAAAGUCAAAGUGUUACUGGAGCAAAGGAGUCCGACAGUCAAUGAAGCUCAAAAUGUGCUCAAGCAAGUGUGGGAUGAGCUGGAUGCAUGGCGCAGCCGCUUGAUGCUGCUAGAAAGCGAGGUGCAGGAUCUUGCAGAGGAGCAUCCAGAUCAAGCCCACUUACUCAUGGACCAACUCAACCAACCAAUGCAGCUUUACCAAAACGCAGCGCAGAUGACGGAGCAACGCACCGCCUUCCUCAGCAAGAUCCCUGCCUGUCUUCAGGAGUUUGACGACAUUCUAUAUGGCGCCACCUGCUGGUUAGAUGAGGCCCAGUCAUGGCUCUGUGCUACGUACUCCUUCACAACAGCCAGAGUCCUCCAGAAUCAUGCAAACUCCCUGCAGCUGGUCCUGGACGACUCUGAGAGGAUCAGACAUACCCUGCAGGACUUCAGGCCAGUCCUGGAUGAGAUCUCUGCUGUUUGUGACAUCAGCACCCACGAGGAGAGGUUGACCCAGAAUGACCAACAAGUCCUGAAAAUGCAAUGCAAGAUCCUAGAGCCGCUAGAUCAGCUCCUGCAGGCUGUUGGGGUAGUGGAGGCAAUAGAAGCGGAGCUGAAGACCAUGGAGAAGAAUGUCCCAAAGAUCAGAGCGAUUUUAUCAUCCGUAGACGACUCACACAUAACUCUGAUGGAGCAUCUUAACAACCGACAGGUGAUCCUGGCCAACGUGCAGUCAAUGCGGAGGACAUUGGAGGAGAUGGAGAGAUGCAAAGAAGAGCUUCACCUCCCACAGGGAGCAGAGGAGAGCCUGCUGGUCUUCUCCAGAGCCAGACUGCUCCUGCAGCCGCUUGAGGAGCUGGAACAACUAACCCAGGAACAAGCAGCACUGCUGGAGAACAAGAUUAGGGAGGAAAGAGAAACGUGUACGGAUCUUGGCAUCACCGCAGUCUCCGAUAGUCCUGAAGAAGUACAUCAGCUUGACAGAACUCCACAAGGAUGCUUAGUCCAGCAGGAGGCUUUUGAGGUGUCUAAUUCAGAGGAAGAGGAGGAUGAGGAAAACAAGAGUUGUCACUCGUCGUCCUCUGACACACUAACAUGCAGUAUUCCAGAGGACCCAGAGGAAACCCUCAGCGCCUCAGAUGUGCAAAGUGAGGACAUUGCAGAACCUAAGCUACUAUCAGACGUUAAGGCACUGCAGAGUUUGGCAGGUCUGUUUUUCUCUGAAGUGGAGACGAGCUCUAAAAGUGCUGAAACCACUGGGCUUUUAGAUGAGUACCCAAGGCAAUAUACAACAGAGUCUGAAUCAGAAAAUGUUGAAACUGGAUUAAUAACAAUGGAUUCCAUAAUUGGCGAAGCAUUGAGUCAUGAAACUGUGACAAUUGAGCCACUCACUGCUAGCGCUGCCAAACUGGACUCACAUGGAUCACCAAAACAUGAAACUCUUGUCACCUACCCUCAUGCAAAGUCCCUCCAGGCAGCAGCUGCAGUGGAAGACACAAGACUGAUACCUGCAAGACCUAUAACUCCAUUUACUACCACAAGAGGAUCUUAUGGGUUUAUAGAGGAAGCUGAUGAACAUCUGUCUCUGUCUACAGCUCCACAUCAAGAUCUGGAUGCUUUUAAUGUGUUGAAGGAGCGGAGAGAAGUCGGCAACAGUCAUAGUGGUUCGCUGCAAGAAUCUCAUCAAGCCCAGCAGUCGUCUGAGGAGCCGAUAAACUUGGCUGGACAAGAGGAAGAUGACCAGGAGCAGCUAAGGUGGAGUCGACUUAAUACCCAGAUCUCUCAAAAACUGACCACUUUGAAAAAAGUUAAGGAGGAGCAUCGAAUCAGCUCAGAGGAUGGAGGGACCCAUGAAGAGGACCCAGAAAGGGAGCUGAUGUCAACCGGGUCUGCUUCUGCUGUUCUCCAGCGGACACAUGAGUCCAUCACCAUGAUGAGACAAAUAGUACGUACCAUUGUAGAUGAGGCGAGCUCUCCAGGUGUAAAUGAGGGGUUGUAUGAGGCUGCACGGAAGGUCCUCCCCUGUCUGGAUGCUUUGAUUGACCUCCUGUUAAGUCCUGGUGAAGACGACCCCCAGCUGAGGCUGCUACAGCUGGAGUGUGUAUCAACUGAGCUGGUGACUCUGAGUGAGAUGUUGAGUAAAGUGGAAUCAGGGACCAAACCUGCACUUUCGAGGGAAAAACCAGAAGCUCUCCGCUGUUUGACCUCCCUUCAGGAUUGUUUACAGAUGGUCCAGCUGGUGUCCACCUCAUCCCACAACCAGCUCAUUGAACAUCUGGGACAAACAUACCAACAUCAGGAGCAUGCUUCCAACCAACUGUGUAAUUUGGACGAGUUCGAACUAGGACUAAGUGAGAUGUUCCCCAGCAUAAAGGAUGCUCCCAGUUUGGAGCAGUGUGUGCUGGGCCGACAUCAGAGGGAGAAUCCAGGGGUAAAAGCCAAGCUUCAGCAAACUUCCCGGUCCUUGAUUCAGGGGAUCACUCGCCUCUUGGAACUGGGUGAAGAAUGCAUAACAGAAGGGCAGAUGAGCCAUGUUCACAACUGCAGCCAACUUAAAGCCGUUCUCUGCAGACACAAGAAGCUCCUGCGGGUCCUCGGGUCUCAGUUGGCUUUUGUGCAGCAUCUGUUCCAACGUGAGCCAGAAGCACUCGAGUGUCAAGAGGAUGAGUGGGUACAGCUGGAAGUCAGAGCCAAAGCUUUGCAGCAACAGGCUCUGGAACAGGAGGUGGCUUCUCAAAGGAGGAUCCAGGAGUGGACCCGCUGGGAGGAUAAUUUCGGUCGACUUGGCGGGCUGUUGGAUGAUUUUGAAGCCUUCAUCAGCAGCGGGGAACCAGAGGAAGACAACGAGAGGUUAGCACAGCACCGACAAGCUGCCUGCCAGCAAACACUGGUCCAGCUGGAUGACAGCAAAGCUGCUUUAGGACUGCUCCUGGAUCAGGGGAAGGCGCUGCAGACAGAUCCAGUGUUUGCUGCCACAGUUGGUCACGCAGGAGGCGCUCUGGAGCUGCGAUGGCUCAGCGCCUACAGGCGGACAGAGCAGGAGAGUCGACGCUGCAGAGAUAUCCAGGACAGGCAGGACAGAUUCCAGUCUGACUUUGCCUCGGUCAAUGAAUGGCUGGUUGGUGCCAACAAACACCAGAAGAUUUGGUCAAACCUGGCCGACACUUUGGACCUGAACCAGGAGUGCAUUCGCAACAAUCUGAUCAGGCUGCUGGACUUCUCCAUGGAGAUUGAAGCCAUGUCAGUGCAGAGGGCGUCUGCAUCCAGGGAAGCCACUAAGCUGCUCCACCUGAGGGAAGCUGAUUGUCCUGGGCUGAGAGCUCAGCUCGCCCAGCUGGAGGGCAGCUGGACCCAGCUGACCUCUGACCUGUCCACGAUACAAGACCACCUGCAACAGCGGCUGAUGGCAGCGUGGCCACCGGUAAAGCUGCUGUCUGACCUGGAGGACUGGCUGAAGAAGCUUGAGGCUAGGCUGAACCAGGAGAAAGAAUCGGUCAUCAAGGCCAAAGAUGCUGCUCAGAUAACUGAAAUUCUGCAACACUACCAGGAGCUAAAGACAGGCAUGGUCAAUGGGCUGCUCCUUCUUGAUUUCCUGUGUCAGUCUGGGCCUCAGGUGUUGGGACUGGACGUCCUGGCUCACCACUCAGAACGUACAAUGUUUGCAGAGAAACUUGGAGCCCUCAGACUUCAGUGGGCGCAUCUUCAAAGAGAGCUGGAGAGCCAGACUCGUGAAGCUGAACAGAUGCAUCACACUAGUGCAGAGAGAGAGAGGUGUUUACAUCGUCUUCACAGCUGGAUAGAACAGCAGAAAAAGCAGCUGAAUCAGUGGAAACAGCCCACCUGUCAAACUCUGGCUCGUGAGGCUCUGCUGAAGUUGGAGGCUGUUGUGAGCAGAGUAAAGGAGGUGGAUGCAGCUUUGCAGGAGUUGAAAUCCACAAGAGUGCAUGUUGAAAAGGAAGAGGAUCACCCUUGUGAUAUCUCCUUCUCUAGCUGGACAGAGACUGUUUGUCAUGCUUGCAUGGAUCUUAGUCAACAGAUGGAAGCUCUGCGACAAGCUCUACAACUGAAAGUGGAGGAGUGGAGCCGUUUUGAGAGCGAUCUGAAGGAGGCUUCUCUGCACACCACCAGGGUGCACUGUGCUCUUCAGCAUCAGCCUCUGUUCUCACUGAAGCAGGCAGAAGGACAUGUGGACCUCCUUGAGCAACUCCAGGAGAAGGCCAGAGAAGGAGAAAAGCUUUGGGUGUCCAUGGAAAAAUCCUAUCAGGGUCUUGUGAAGAAUCUUCAUCGUGGAACAGCUGAGGUGCUGGAUGAUCAAAUGAGUGGAGAGCGAAAACGGUGGAAGGACGUGGUGCAGGAGUUACAGAAGGAGCACAUGAGGACUGGAGAGACAAUCUCUCUCUGGCAGGAGUACAAUCAUCUGUCUGAUCGAUGCUCCCUUUACCUGCAAACACUGUGGCAUCAGUGGGAGGAGCUGCUGAGAUCUUCACCUCAGCAUGAAACUAAGGCCGUGGUUCACUCAAAGUUACAGAAUGCUGUUGAGGAUUUGCAAAGCAGUUUGGGAGAUUUGCUUGUAGCUUCUAAGCCUCUCAUUGAACGCCUAGAACCACUGGCCUCAAAUUUGAUCCAAUCAGAGACCAGACUGCUGUCACGUGAAGUCCUGCUGCUGAGCAAGGCAAUGUCAGGAAAAAAGAAAAGUCUUCAGGAAGAUUUGGAGCAACAGGAACUAUUUCAUACCCAACUGGGGGCCCUUGAAAAGCAGGCAGAGAGCACACAACAUGAACUUUUGACUAAAUUCAAUGACACAGACUCAAUGAAGGUUGUCUUGGAGCUCAGUGAUCUGUUUCCGUCACUGGUUGACAUCAGGGAGAUGAGUUAUUAUGUGAUCCUUGACAACCAUGAGACGGAGAGAUUGCAGAUGCUCAGCAGGCAAUGGGUUGAAAGCAUGACUCGAACAUCUGACAUGAACAGAGUGCUGCAGGCUGAGCGUCAGCGUUCCCAGAACUUCCAGGAGAAGUGUGAGAGCCUGACGUCCAUCCAGAAGAGGCUUCAGGAGGAAUCAAUUUCUACAAAACCUCAAAGUUUAUCCAGCCUCCGAAACAUGCUGACUGUCCAUAAGAGGCUUGAGGCUGAAAUAAUAAUUGGACACCAGCUUGUGCGUGGACUACUCUGUCAUGCAGUCGAGUCCAUGGAAACCGAGACAGGAGAGAAAAAAUCUGAACUCAUGGCACAAGUGACCCGCAUAAGGGAGGGCUGGUUCAAUUCUGUGGCUUUGGCUGGCCAGCGCAGGUCAUUGACAAAAGAACUACUGGGCCAGUGGAGAGUCUACCGUCAUGGCUCGAAACUUUUGUGGCAGCAGUUGCGGGAAGUCGACCCUUUACUGCCCCCUGCUGGACCUGCUGUGUGUUCACUGCAUCAGCUUCAAAGCUGCGCGGAUGAUUACCAGUGUGUAAAAGACGCUCUGGGUCUGCACUCCACCGUGUACACCCAGACGCUGGGGGCUGGCAGAUAUUUAUGUGAAACCAUGACCGAGUCUGAGUGUCAGAGCCAACUGCAGUCAGAGCUUCAGGCCAUACAGGAGGCCUGGGAACAAACCACCUCACUGCUUGAGAGGAGAAGAGACCUGGUCAGCACCACUGUUCAGAAGUGGACUCGGUGUCAGGACAUGAUAACCAGUAUAAGGUCUGAACUGGAUGAGCUGAACACCACGCUGAAACAGCCGCUGCAUGAGAGGCCGCAGGACUCUGAGGGCGAGACACACAUACAGGAGGCAGACCUCUCUCUGCAGCGUUUGACCAUUGGAUUUAGGGAAUUGGCCACCAUGAAGACGGACCUGUCCCAGUACGUAGCGGCCGGUGACUCAGCUCUGCUGGAGCAGCAGCUGGAGCAACUCCACGGUCAAUGGGAAGAGCUGUGUAUGAAGGUAUCCUUGCGCAGACAAGAAAUUGCAGACCGUCUCAAUGCCUGGACCAUCUUCAACGACAAGAACAAAGAGUUUUGUGAUUGGCUGACUCAGAUGGAGAACAAGGUGUGCCACAGCGGAGAGCUGAGCAUCGAGGAGAUGGUGGAGAAACUCAAGAAGGACUGCAUGGAGGAAAUCAACUUGUUCAGUGAGAAUAAAAGCCACCUGAAGCAUCUGGGUGAGCAGCUGUUGUUGGCCAGUGACGAGGCCAAGCAGACGCAGGUCCACGGCUCGCUGCAGGAAGUCAACCAGCGCUGGCACAACCUCUUCCACCAGAUCGAAGCCAGGGUAAAGAAGCUGAAGGAGACUCUGGUGGCGGUGCAGCAGCUGGAUAAGAACAUGAGUAACCUCCGCUCGUGGCUUUCUCGCAUUGAGGCCGAUAUGUCCAGACCCAUCACCUACAGCGUCUGUCACCACCAGGAGAUCCAGAAGAGGCUGGCCGAGCAGCAGGAGCUGCAGAAGGACAUUGAGCAGCAUACGGUGGGCGUAGUGUCAGUACUCAGUCUGUGUGAUGUUUUGCUGCGGGACGAAGAUGCUGCUGGCGGCACCGAGGCGGAGUGCGACUCCCUGCAGGAAACCAGCCACAGCCUGGACCAGCGCUGGAGGGCCAUCUGUGCCCUGGCUCUGGACAGGAGGCUCAGGAUUGAGGAGACCUGGAGACUCUGGUGUAAAUUCCUCGAUGACUACUCGCGGUUUGAGGAUUGGCUCAAGAUGGCUGAGCGCACCGCUGCCAAUCCCAACUCUGCAGACGUCCUUUAUACUGUCGCCAAGGAGGAGCUCAAGAAGUUCGAGGGUUUCCAAAGGCAGGUUCAUGAGCGACUGACCCAGCUGGAACUUGUCAAUAACCAGUACCGCCGACUGGCCAGGGAACACCGCACCGACCGAGCCAGCCAGCUCAAAGCCAUGGUCCAUGAAGGCAACCGUCGCUGGGACAACCUUCACCGCAGAGUGGCUGCCAUCCUCCGCAGACUCAAGUAUUUCACCAGCCAGAGGGAGGAAUUUGAAGGCACCAGGGAGAGCAUGCUGGUGUGGCUGACCGAGCUGGACCUGCAGCUCACCAACGUCGAACACUUUUCAGAGAGCGACGUCCAUCACAAGAUCCAACAGCUUAAUAGUUUCCAGAAGGAGAUCACCCUGAACACAGAGCGCAUCGACGGGCUGAUAGUGUUUGGAGAGGGUCUGAUCCAGAAGAGCUCACUGCAGGAUGCGGCGCUGAUAGAGGAGGAGCUGGAGGAGCUGCACUCCUACUGCCAGGAGGUUUUCAGCAGACUGGUCCGCUUCCACCAGCGUCUCAGCCAGCCCCCGAUGAUCAGAGAAGAACCCGUGCUCUCUGGUACAGCCUUCUCCUUGGAGUCAAGCUUGGAGCUGAUUGGCCGACCCUGGCUAGGGCGGAGCCAAGGAAGCCUUCCUGCAACACCCACCCACCUGCUGACCUCUCCGCUGGAGCGCUCGGGGCGGGAGACACCGGUGAGCGUGGACUCCCUGCCAUUGGAGUGGGACCACACCGGAGACGUAGGAGGGUCAUCGUCCCAUGAAGAUGAUGAGGAGGAGGAAGAACAUGAGGAUGGCAGAACUUACUUCAGUGCACUAUCAGAGGUGGAGUUGACUGAGAACCAGGAGGAAUUUGUUGAAGCUCCAGAGGCCCUACGAGCCUCCUCACUGGUUUCAAGCAGGUCCAUGGCUGUACAUGAUUCUCCGAGAUGGCGAUCACAGGGAGACACAGAAACACAGCUGGAAUCAGAGGGUCACACUGAAGCUCCACCCACACUCACCAGCACCCCCAUUAAGCAGGGCUAUUUGCGUGUCAUGUCUGAGUGCAGCGGCAGCAUUGAGGACAUUAAAAGAGUCUCGCUGAUCCUUGAUGAUGAGGAGCAGCCAGAGGAGCUCGGUCUGACAGGACUGACUGCCUCAGACAAACAGUCAGGUGUGAUUGAACGCUGGGAGCUGAUCCAGGCUCAGUCCAGGAGCGACCAGCAUGCCGGCCCACAGGAGGCCCGUCAUCUCACAUCUGACCUCGACGACAUCACUUCCUGGUUGGAAAAUGUGACCCCGGAGCUAGAGCGCCUCCAGCAGUCCGACCCAGCAGCCAAUAUUAAGGACAUGGCAGCCAGAGCCACAGAACUAAAAGAGAUGCAGAGGAUGUUUACUCGCUACAAGUCCAUCUUGCUGUCUGUGAACCUGCGAGCUCAGGGAGCACCAGAACUACAGGAGAGACUCACUGCAAUGAACCAAGACUGGGGCCGAGCGUGUACAGGCCUCCAGCAGUGGGACACCAGUCUGAGGAAAACGCUGAUGCGUUGCCAGGAGUUCCAUGAAACCCUCCAUUCCCUGCUGCUGUGGCUGGCCCACGCAGAGAGCAGACGCUAUGCGGUGGACAUCAGUGACCCAGCCACACCUGUUCAAGCCCUGCAACAACACCUCAGCAUGCUCACAGAUCUGCAGAAGGAGCUGCAGGGCAGGCAGACUCAGCAGGCCUCUCUCCAGGCUCUGUGGUCUCAGCUGCAACCUGAGGAAGAGGCCGAGGAGACCGACGAGGCCAAAGAGAAGUUCCAUGUGACGAGUAGCAAACUGAAGAUGCUGCUGAGGCAAGUGGACCAGGACAUCAGCACUCUUCAAAAACAUCUGGAUUGUGAGACUGCAUCAGAUGUCCAAGGCCAAAGCGCAUCUGCAGAUCCAAAGAAAGGUUCUUCUACUGAAAGAAAGAAGAAAGCGUCGCCUCCCCCUCGUUCCUUCUUUUACAGGGUCCUUCGAGCUGCCUUCCCGCUCCACCUCCUCCUGCUGUUUCUCCUGCUCCUCCCCUGUGUGAUUCCCCAGUCAGAGAGCGACCCCGGCUGUACUGGGGCCAACAACUUUGCCCGGUCCUUUUACCCCAUGUUACGCUACACCAACGGCCCACCACCCACCUGAUGGAAAUGUACAUAGGAAGAAGAUACAAAGACUGAGAACAUAAUGGAAAACACAAGCCGACUUUGUGUCACACAUAAACACAUGAACAAACAUGUAGAAUUGAUCUUAAGCUGCUGAAGUGAUUAAUUUGAUGAAGUUGUUAAGGGUCCUUAAACAGAUUGUAUUUAUUUCACAAACAAAACCACCCAUUUCAAUUUGGUAAACCACCACAUGUGAUCAAAAUUGCAGAUAUUUUAGUUUAAUAAUGCAAAGAACUGCAGCCUCUUGGAGAUCUCCCUUUAAGGAGUGACACAGUAGAUGGGGGGGUUUGACACUUGUGGAGGGGUAAAACAAAAAAACCUACUGUGGCAAUAACAGGUACGAUAGUUUAAAUAGCCUUUAGCUACUGUAAAAGCCAGCGAACAUAUUCCAGUGAGUUCAUUGGAUAAUGGGAGGUGGGAAGUACAAUGAAAAGAAAGAAUUUCCAAACACAGCAUUAUAGUGACUGUAAACAAGUCCCUUGAUGAACUGUUGACAUUUCCUUUUGUCUAACCUGAUAAAGAAAAUCAUGCAUAAUAUAUUUUUAUGUUAGACUGAACUCUUCAAAGACACUGGUUAACAUUUUAAUGUUAUCUUUAUGAAGCCAACCAUACAAAAAUAUGGAUUUUUUUUAUUCACAUAAUGGUAUAGACAUAUUUUUUAGAGGUUAUUUGUCUUGAGUGGAUUUUGCCUCCCUGUGCACCGCUGAAACACUGUAGAUUUAGCAGGAGAAAGUGUAUGUACAAAAUGUAAAAAUAUAAUGCUUAUUUAUAAGAUCAAAUGGUUGAUGUAUGCUCCUGA